AUGUGCGCGUCUGAGAUGGGGACGCUGUGGCACCAUUGGUCCCCCGUGCUCAUCAGCCUGGCCGCCCUCUUCUCCAAAGUGGCUGAAAGCCGAGGCAUACUGGAGAGUAUCCAGAGGUUCUCUUUGCUGCCCACCUACCUCCCGGUGACCUACCACAUCCACCACGCAGACGUGUCCUUCUUCCUCAAGGAAGCCAACCAGGACAUCAUGAGAAACUCCAGUCUACAGUCGCGGGUGGAGUCCUUUCUGAUUUACAAAUCCAAGAGGCUACCAGUCCUGAAUGCCAGCUAUGGGCCUUUCGCCAUUGAGCAGGUGGUACCCCAGGAUUUGAUGCUCCCCUCCAGCCCCUUUGGAUUCACCAGCACGUUUUCUCUGAACUGGAAGCUGAAGGCGCACAUCCUGCGGGACAAGAUCUACCUGAGUCGGCCCCGUGUGCAGGUGCUGUUCCACGUGGUCGGCAGGGACUGGGACGAUGCUGGCCCGGUGCAGAGCCUGCCCUGCCUGCGGGUGUUCGCCUUCCGGGAGACCCGGGAAGUACGGGGCAGCUGCCGGCUUCGAGGGGCCCUGGGGCUGUGCGUGGCGCAGCUGGAGCUCCCGGCCAGCUGGUUCGGCCCCCCGACGGUGGUGGCCGGGAGGAAGAAGGCGCCGGAGCCCCCUGAAGGGAGCCCGGUGGAGCUCUACUAUGCCGUGCAGCCCGGGGACGAGCGUGGAGACUGCACCAAGGAGGAUGCCCGGAGAGCCGGCGGGAUGCGGACGGGCCGUAAUGACAUCGAUGAGUCGGGGCCUCCCUUGCACAGGAUUGGAAGUGUUUUUCUUUACCAGACCCCCAGCCGGCCACCGCUGAGAGAGCUGCGCUUGGAUAACCACGUGGCCGUGCAGUACGUGCCAAAGACAGUCAGGCAGGGAGAUGUGCUGACGUUUCCUGUCUCCAUCUCCAAAAACUCCACCGAGGACCGCUUCACGUUAAGGGUAAAGGUGAUGAAAGGCAUGAACAUCAUUGGGGUGAGAGCCAGCAGCCCUUCCGUGUGGGAAGUCAAGGAGAGCACAGAUUACGCUGGGAAGUACACACCUGCUGUCAUUGUUUGUCAGAAGAAAUCGGCUGGCUCAGAAAAAAGUGCAAGUGGUGCCUCCUAUGAAGUCAUGCAGAUCGACGUAGAAAUCGAAGAACCCAGUGACCCGCCGGCCACGCAGCUUGUCACGUGGCAGGUUGAAUAUCCAGGAGACAUCACAUCUGACUUGGGUGUCUCCAAGAUCUACGUGAGUCAGAAAGACUUGAUCGGAGUCAUCCCAUUGGCCAUGGAGGCGGAAAUCCUGAACACAGCCAUCCUCACUGGGAAGACGGUGGCCGUGCCCGUGAAGGUGGUCUCUGUGGAGGAGGAUGGCGCGGUGACAGACCUCAAGUCUGUGGAGUGUCGAUCGUCUGAUGAAGACGUCAUUAAGGUUUCUGACAGAUGUGACUACAUCUUUGUCAAUGGGAAGGAAAUGAAGGGCAAGGUGGGCGUGGUGGUGAACUUCACCUUCCAGCACCUGAGCACUCCUUUGGACAUGACGGUAUGGGUGCCCCGGCUGCCCCUGCAGAUCGAGAUCUCGGACACUGAGCUCAACCAGAUCAAGGGCUGGAGAGUCCCCAUUGUCUCCAACAAGAGGCCAGCUCAGGACAGUGAGGAGGAGGAUGAAGACGAGAAGAGGAACAGGGGCUGCACGCUCCAAUACCAGCAUGCCAUGGUGCGGGUCUUGACUCAGUUUGUGGCGGAAGCUGCUGAGCCCGGGGGGCAGCUGGCCCACCUGCUGGGCCCUGAUUGGCAGGUGGACAUCACGGAGCUGGUAAAUGACUUCAUGCAGGUGGAGGAGCCCCGGAUCGCCAAGCUGCAAGGGGGACAAGUCCUGAUUGGCCAGGAACUGGGGAUGACCACCAUUCAGAUCCUGUCACCUCUGUCAGACGCUAUCUUGGCCGAGAAGACGGUCACCGUGCUGGACGAGAAGGUGACGAUCACGGACCUUGGGGUCCAGCUGGUGACGGGACUGUCCCUCUCCCUGCAACUCAGCCCAGGGAGCAACAGAGCCAUCUUCGCCACCGCAGUGGCUCAAGAACUUCUGCAAAGGCCCAAACAGGAAGCAGCCAUCAGUUGCUGGGUCCAAUUCAGUGAUGGCUCCGUCACCCCCUUGGAUAUUUAUGAUGCAAAAGACUUCUCCCUGAUGGCCACAUCCCUGGAUGAGAAGGUGGUCUCCAUCCACCAAGACCCCAAAUUCAAGUGGCCUAUAAUCGCCGCUGAAGCUGAAGGACAGGGGGCCCUGGUGAAAGUCGAAAUGGUUAUUUGCGAAUCAUGCCAGAAAUCCAAGCGGAAGAGCGUGCUGGCUGUGGGGACAGCCAACAUCAAAGUGAAGUUUGGCCAAAACGAUGCUACCCCCAACACCAGUGACAGCAGACACACAGGGGCAGGAGGGCCCCUGGAUAAUAACAUCAGUGACAGAAGACCCAAAAAGCCCUUGCAGGCAUGGGGGAGUCAGGAGGGAGAGUACUACAGCAGUUCCUCCAUGGGCCUCAUGGAAGGCAGGGGCUCCACAACGGAGAGAUCCACCUUCCAGAAGAACAGGGGCCAGGAAAGCCUUCUGGAUGAUGGCAGCCACUUGCAGACCAUCUCCAUCGACCUCACCAGCUUCCCAGCCCAGGUAGACCUGCCCAGAAGCCACGGGGAGACAGAGGAGAACGACCCCCAGUCCUCCAAAGGGCUGAGCGACCUGGAGAUCGGAAUGUAUGCCCUGCUGGGGGUCUUCUGCUUGGCCAUUUUGGUCUUCCUCAUCAAUUGUGUGACCUUUGCAUUAAAGUACAGGCACAAACAGGUCCCCUUCGAAGAACAGGAAGGGAUGACUCACUCCCACGACUGGGUCGGCCUGAGCCACCGAACGGAACUGCUGGAGAACCAGCUCCACUUUGCCUCCUCCCAAGAGGAGCAGAUCACCGCCAUCGACAGAGGCAUGGAUUUCGAAGAGAGUAAGUAUCUGCUCUGCACAGACUCCCAAAAGAGCAUCAACGGACAGCUGUUCAGAUCUUCAGGACCCACCCUCGCGGAUGGGAGAGAUCAGAAAAGCGAGCCCCCAACGUCCCCUACCUCAAAAAGGAAAAGAGUCAAAUUCACGACUUUCGCCACCCUCUCUCCAGAGGAUGGAUGCCCUGCCGUGAACUCCCUAGCGGCCAGCAGCGAGGAUACCGUGAACUGGGUAGGCCAGGAUCUGGACCCUGGGGGAAGCCAAGAGUCACACGGCUACAGGGAAGGAUUACGUGAAGAUGUGUAA